GAACCACUGGGACCAGAUGACUGGGCACAACCUGGUGGAAACAAAAGGCUUUUCCUUUGGCGGUAGUCUCUGGACAAAGGCCUUUCUAUUGGAAGUGGCUUGCUGUGGGCUGUUAUGCUGCUCCCUCCCAAGCAGGGAGGUUCCUGCAUGGACAGCCGUGAAUGAGCCGUGUGCUUCUCCAUCUCUUCACAUCCAGGCAGAGAAUGGUGCCCUGGGUCCGCCCGCUGGCCGUCCUGUGUGCUCACCGGACAUUGCACCUGCCAGUACCUGCCACACAGCCCUCUCCUCCUACCCUCCCAUUAGGCCAUCCUCCCUCUCCAGCUCCUUCCAUCACCUCCUCCUGGGUCUCCCAGCUGCUGUCCCCAGUGGCCGUCCUGAAGAGGUGGCUCUUAUGCUGGAUGAGAACCACCACCUGAUACAGUGCAUCCUGGACCAUCAGAGCAAGGGCAAGACGGCCGAGUGUGCCCAGUACCAGCAGAUCUUGCACCGGAACCUGGUCUACCUGGCCACGAUCGCGGACUCCAACCAGAACAUGCAGUCCCUGCUGCCCGCCCCGCCCACCCAGAACAUGAACCUGGGCCCCGGAGCGCUGUCCCAGAGCGGCGCCAGCCAGGGCCUGCACUCCCAGGGCAGCCUCAGUGAUGCCAUCAGCACUGGCCUGCCCCCCGCCUCCCUCAUGCAGGGCCAGAUCGGCAAUGGUCCAAACCACGUGACCCUGCAGCAGACGGCACAGAGCACGCUGCCCACAACCUCCAUGAGCAUGUCCGGCAGCGGCCACGGCUCGGGGCCCGGCUACAGCCACUCAGGACCCUCCUCGCAGAGUGUGCCCCUGCAGGGCCAAGGUGCCAUCAGCAACUACGUGUCACGGGCCAACAUCAACAUGCAGUCCAACCCAGUGUCCAUGAUGCAUCAGCAGGCUGCCUCGUCCCACUACAACUCGGCGCAGGGCGGGAGCCAGCACUACCAGGGCCAGCCCAUCGCCAUGAUGGGCCAGAGCGGGCAGGGGAGCAGCAUGAUGGGGCAGCGGCCCAUGGCGCCUUACCGGCCCUCCCAGCAAGGCUCGUCCCAGCAGUACCUGGGCCAGGAGGAGUACUACGGGGGCGAGCAGUACGGCCACGGCCAGGCGGCCUCGGAGCCGCUCAGCCAGCAGUACUACGCUGACGGGCACAGCGAUUAUGCCUAUCAGCAGUCAUCCUACUCGGAGCAGAGCUAUGACCGGUCCUUCGAGGAGUCCACGCAGCACUACUAUGAGGGCGGGAACUCGCAGUACAGCCAGCAGCAGGCGGGGUACCAGCAGGGCACAGCCCAGCAGCAGGCGGGGUACCAGCAGCAGUACCCCAACCAGCAGAGCUACCCGGGCCAGCAGCCAGGCUACGGGCCGGCCCAGGGAGCCCCCUCACAGUAUUCCAGCUACCAGCAAGGACAAGGCCAACAGUACGGGAGCUACAGGACGUCACAGACCGGCCCGUCCGCGCAGCAGCAGCGGCCGUACGGCUACGAGCAGGGCCAGUAUGGAAAUUACCAGCAGUAAGGGACAGCGUUCUUGGUGGAGCCUUGUAGUGGUGUGUCCGCCGGCGUGGACCGACCUGUGGCGGUUCUGACAAACUGUGGCCCGUCGGUUCCCCCUCGCCCCACACGUGUCGCAUGUGAAGUGUGCACAUUUCAUGCUGGGUAUGACGCCGAGUGUGCCGGAGGCUUGGGACUGCGCGCUGAUGGUGUGACGUACCUGGUGCUGUGUAUAGUAUCAUGUCCACAUGGUGAAUGGAGACGUCGAUGUUUCUAGCUAGCUUUAGGGUCCUCUUGCCAUCAGAGUAUUCUGUGCCCAGCGAUGGGAAUCUACAAGAUGCCAUAGUCAGUGUAUCGUAUAAACAGACCUUAGGUCCAGCUCUCCUCACGCAGGGUAAGGUGGGUUGUAAACCUGUCUCAGUGGUGACCCCGCAGCUGGACCUGCUCA